AUGGCUCAGAAGGGGAAGAAGGGAAAGCAAUUGCCAUAUAAGAAAGAAGCCACCACCGCACAGCCAUGGCCAGUUCUUCCCCUGCAACUCAUCAGCUUAAUUGCAAAGCAAUCGAGUCUAAUGCAAAACAUAAGCUUUGGCGGUGUCACCAAAUCUUGGAGAGCGGCACCAAAGCAAUGCAGUUCAGUUGGGAAGUCCCCAUGGCUUCAGCUGUCCGGUACCAGCGAAGCCAAUUCUGAUGAAUGCCAAAAGACUCAUUCUCACAUCCUCAGCAUCUCAUUUCGUGUAGGGUGCUAUUGGUGGUAUGGAAGAUGGCCAUACGAGGUCUCUGCUCGCCAUUUUGUAGGUUACUCCCAGGGUGCUCUAGUGGUUAGAGGUGCUGAGCAAUCCCAAUACUACCUUUGGAACCUUAGCAAUUGUACGUCGGAUCUUCCUCCUUGGGAUACCAAUGUGCCAUUUAAAUCUGCUGCUCUAUCUUCAUCGCCUUUUCAGUACAAUAACGGUACUUGUAUUGUGAUGGUGAUAACAGGCCUUUCUCAUCCAACUUUCGUGUUUAAUAGACGCGGAUCAGCAGGUAAAUUUACAUGGAUAAAACAAGAUUGUGCCCUCCUUGAACCACAUGCUCCGAACAAACAACUCAUGCAAUUUACUAAUAUCAUUGCGUUUGAAGGAAAGUUUUACGCAUUGAGUUUGCAGGGAACACUUGCAGUUAUAGAAGACAUUGAUUCUCUUCCUAGAAUCACUGCUUUAAGUAGAAGCAGGGCUGCUCCUUCUGCAUCUUCAAGGCAUUUCAGAGAAUAUUUAGUUGAAUCCAAUGGAGAGAUCUUAUUGAUUUUUCUAAUCUCUAAAAGUUCGAUCAAUAUUGUGGAUGAUGUAGAGGUUUUUGGCCUUGAUGUUGCUAAACUAUCAUGGGUUAAGGUGGAAAACCUUGGGGAUAGAACAUUUUUUGUCAGUGACGAGUGUUGUAUGUUUGUCACUGCAAGCAAAGUGGGGUGUAGAGGCAAUUGUAUCUAUUUCACUCGACAGACAGUUGAUGGUUGGUGGUUGUAUGACAUGGAAAGAGGAAGCAUCUCACCUGGUUGGAGCAAUUCCAAUUGUAUGACAAAAUCUCCAGUAUGGGAGGAACUAAUAUUGGAGUAG